AUGGGAUCUGCAACAACUAUUUGUAGUGACAAGACUAGAACUCUUACAACAGAUCACAUGACAGUUGUAAAAGCCUGCAUCUGUGAACAAGCCAAAGAGGUUAAUGGAAACAAAACCGAGAUACUGGGAACACCCACAAAAACUGCUCUGCUAGAAUUUGGGUCGUCACUCGGAGGGGACUUCCAGGAAGUAAGACAAGCCUCAAAUGUUGUGAGAGUUGAGCCCUUCAACUCUACAAAGAAAAGAAUGAGAGUUGUCAUUGAGGUGCCUGAAGGACAUUUCUGGGCGCAUUGUAAGGGUGCUUCUGAGAUAGUUUUAGAUUCUUGUGAUAAGUACAUCAACAAAGAUGGUGAAGUUGUUUCCCUUGAUGAAGAAUCUACCAGUCACCUAAAGAACAUAAUCGAGGAAUUUGCUAGUGAAGCACUUCAAACUCUUUGCCUUGCUUAUUUCGAAAUUGGUGAUGAAUUCUCAUUAGAAGCGCGUAUACCAAGUGGCCAAUGA